AUGGAGAACCAUCCAGCUGAAGAUAAUGCCGUUGGUGCAACUGUGUCACUGUCAAAUCAACCUACAGCGAGUCUUAUGGACCAAAUUUCAGUGAACAAAAAGACUUCAGUAGCUGGCGAGGGCCCCCUAAUAGGCUCCAGCGAGCAAAUGGACGCUAUCGACGAAUCAUUGACUGAUUGCCACCCAUGCUAUUUCCAUCUCCGCAUGUAUGGAGAAGCAGAUUACUUCAUGAUCGAAGAUCUGAAGAUCAAAGCAGCGGAGAACUUUCGAGAUUCAUUUGAAAAUUGCUCCGAAAAGCAAAUCUUGGCGCAGGCAAUCAAGGAACUAUAUUCAACAAAUGCCGACUACCGAGAUAUUAGGAAGCUAGCGAAGGGACUGAUUGUGAAAAACCUGCGAGAACUUCAAGGAGGGCUGACCCCGGGGAUCGAUUACGAUCUCUUGAAAGCAUAUCCAGCGUUUGCUGCUGAAUUAUGUAUAGCGACUAUGGAAGAGUAUUUGAGUAUGUCGUCCAGCCUCAGACAAGCGCUACCCCUUUCCACAGUCGCAUACAAGCCAUUCGAAUUCAAGAAAUUCGAAUACCAAUGGGGCAAAUGA